AUGAGUGCGUAUGGCCACAUUGCCGGCCGACCAAUCGAAUGUUUAAGUAUUGCUGUUGAACUGCAAAAAGAAAAAUUUGUCGACAAAAAUGGACAAGAAGCUCUUCGCGUUGGAUUUAAGAUCGGUGGUGGAAUAGACCAAGAUCCGAGUCGAGCACUCUUUCCAUAUCCUGAUACUGGCAUUUACAUAACGUAUAUCGAAAAAGAUUCACCGGCUGAUCUUGCUGGUCUUCGCCAACACGACAAAAUUUUACGAGUGAAUGGCAAUGAUUUUACGAUGGUUACACACGAAAAAGCAGUGAAAUAUAUAAAGAAAUAUCCAGUGUUAAAUAUGUUGGUUGCAAGGAGAGAUCUCCCUUAUUAA